AUCCUCUCACAACAAAAGAAAAAAAGAUUCGCCACUUUACCGCCAAAUAUUCCCGCUCGCUUUUGACCUUUGGUAUCUAAGGUUCCUCAGCUCCAUCUUUGUUGCCUUCAAAACCACGUGGCUUUUAUGAGUGGGCGUUCACUACCACACUUUUUUUUACUUGGAGUGCUUUCCAGCUACCUAGACAGAAUGGAUUUGCAAGGUCUCUGUCAGGAGUAUGUUGAUGGUCACUCUGCAUCAGAUGCUCCAAAGACUUUAGCACAGAGUAUACAAAAGGGGACUACUGAUCUCCUAAAGCUGGUAGAGGCACUUGGAACCUACCUCACAAGCACUAACGUUGACAAUCGGUGCUAUGGUACAAAGAUGCUGGCAGAAGUUCUAACUCAUUUGAACCUCCUCUCACACAAACUGCCCCUGGAGGAUGUGGAGUACUUGAUUGCGUUUCACUGUGACCGACUCAAGGACAGAGCUAUUUUGCUACCACAUGUACUGACUGGGAUACACGCCAUGGUGUCUCGCUAUCAGCUCAGUGAUGAAAAUGUUGUUCUGGUGUGCAGAACCAUCUUCAAGGAAGUACAUAAUCAGUCCCUGUCGUAUGCGGACCGCUCUCUUCUCUACUCAAUUAUGGAGCAUUUCCUAGUCAAUCACAUCACAGCUGUUCAGGCUAUUGGCAGUGAGUUUGUCUUGGGAUACAUUCAAGCUAUAGACGGAGAAAGAGACCCCAGAAACCUGCUAACUGUGUUCACCUCUGUACCAAUCAUUGUACAGAAACUUCAAUUCGAGACGUUAGCUGAAGACCUAUUUGAGGUGACCUCCUGCUACUUUCCCAUCGACUUCACCCCUCCUCCAAAUGACCCUAAUGCAGUGUCAAGAGAGUCUAUCAUCACUGCCCUCCGAAAAUGUCUCACGGCUACCCCCAAAUUUGCAGAGUUUUGCAUUCCACUUCUCCUUGAGAAGCUCUCCUCUGACAUCCUCUCUGCCAAGUUGGACUCUCUCCUCACCUUGGAGAGUGGAGCUCCCGUGUUUGGGCCUGCUAAUCUGCGGCCAUUUCUAGAUUCUCUCUGGGCAGCUAUCAGGAAAGAAAUGUUCAUGUCCUCUAGUGCCGAAGUUCAGUUGGUGGCUGCCAAAGCAUUAUCGUCCUUAUCGUCUACUUUCUCCACACCGCCACAUGUUAGCGGCCACAGUGAAGACUUACUCAAGUCACUAAUCGAUCAAAUCUUGCAAGACUGUCAGAGAUACUUGAGAGAUCCGGGGUCAAAGUUGAUACAACCUGCUGUGCAUGUGUUGUGUGCAGUGGCUCGAGGUUCUGCCGCUGCUUGUACUUACACCAUCGCCAUGGUGAUGCCUUUGCUGCUGGAAGAGUAUGCUUUAUUACCGCAGGAGGGCUUACGUCGGACUGUAAUGGAAGCGAUGCAUUCGUUUGUUGGUGUGGUCAAAGACACAUGUUCGGGGGACAGUGGUGGAGGCCCGUGUCCUUUAUUGGAGUUCAAAGGUCACUUGUUGAAGUUCAUACUCUUGUCAGCGGCGCAGGUGCAAACACCUAGUAUUGUCGUAUCUAUAGCAACAAUGAGGGACUUGAUUGAAAUACAAGGCCUACUGGAACCCACACAGGUGACCUCCUGCUGUGACUACCUCAGGACCUUGGCCCUGUGCUCGCAAAAUGACUCCGUGAGGAAAGGCAGCUGUGCAUGUCUCAGUGUGCUGGCUAAGUGCUACCCAGUCCUGACCAGAGACCACCUAGUGUCACCACUGCUGCAGACUGUGUCUGACCCUUCUCAGAUCACUUUGACGACGCCGUGCACCCUCCGAGCCCUCACGUCCCUCUCGACCCACCCUGACCUACUCACGCUCAUUCUCCCAUCCCUAACCAACUACCUCUCUGCCAUUCUCGCCCACCCCUCCCCCAACUGGGAGGUAGCUCAAUACACAGCCGCCUCUCUACUCUCCCUAGUAACAGAGCUUGGCAACAGUGACAUCUGUAGGGGGUUGCUGGAGGGCACAGAUGGGGUGUUAGUGAGGGUGGUGUGCCUGUGUAUACGGACAAGGGCCCACAGUGAGGAGUACAGUCGUGUUUUGGUCAGGAUUCGGGAGUUGGUGUGGAGAUACUGCCUUUCUGCCUCAGUCGAGGCUGUUGAGUGGCUGUACACAUUUCUGUUGAAACUGCUAGUGUCUGGUGAGCCAGUGCCGUGUGCAGGGGACAUCGUCCUGCCAAAAUUAGAUAACAAGCAACCCCCAGAACACACACAGCUGAUCUGCUUGAUAACUGCGCUAGUCAGUGCUGCAAGAAAACAGGUUGCAGUGCAUAGUGUGGGCACACUAGCCCCGGUGCUGAUGAAUCUCUCUUGCUACUGUCCCCACACAGCCACUAGCCAGCAAUCAGCUCAAGCUUACGCUGCCAUCGUUAAUAAAAUAGAAGAAGGUCCGUCUCUCACAGCUGCUCUCGAUAAUCAGUUGCCACUCCUCCGAAAGUUAAUUACUGAUCCUAGCAAUGAGGUGCCACAACUUGCAGCACUACAUCUGUGGAUAUGGCUAACUAAAGCCAUGGUGACAAAGUCUAGUACGAAUGGGAAGGUGAUGGCAUUAAACCUGCUGAAUUGGUGUGGACAUGGCAGUGAUGAUGUGAGGAGAGAAUCAGCACAUGGUUUCAAAUUGUUGUUUGAAGACACUCAAAGCCUUCUUAACACAAAUUGUCACGCUAACGUUAGACUAUUUUAUAAGCAGCAGUUGUUUAUGCAAGUGGUGCCGCAGAUUGUGGAGCAGUUUAAAGCUGCAGAACCAGACAAGCAGGAGUACCUGCUCCAGUCUCUAUCCCAUUUCAUGCAAGGAGUACCCAAACAGGUUCUUCUCAACGAGCUUCCCAAGCUCCUCCCAUUGCUGCUCAAAUCCCUGUCUUCGAGCGAGGUUGGUUUGAAGGUGUCCACGCUGCAAGGCCUGCUCUCUUUGAUACAAGACACCCCUCUGUCUGUGGCUGAGCACACCCCCACUCUUGUGCCACGCCUACUGGCUCUCGCACAGGACAAAGCAUCCAUGAACAUUCGCCAAGCUGCUCUGAAAUGCAUUGGAGCAUUGACUGCCCUCCCUACCCAUGCUGUGUACCCCUACCAGGGGGCAGUGUUGAGGGGCUUAGCAUCUUGUUUGGAUGAUCGCAAGAGACUUGUUAGACAGGAUGCAGUCAGUGCCAGAUCAAAGUGGUUUUUGCUUGGAACAUAGAGAGAGAAGAAAAAGUCACCCACCAUACAAGAAAAACACUAUAUAAUUAUGUUCGUUAUAAUCAGUUCUCUCUUGCACUUCUUUUUCUCAUCCUCGCCAAGUCUUCCUAUAAUUAUAAUUAUGUUGUGUGUACAAAUUAUAGUAUGUAAUCAUGAAUGUGAAAUACAAUAUUAUUUUUUCAGG